AUGUACAUGGAAUUCAUCCAUGAGUAUCGUCGACUGGGUCACAUGGUAGAGCUGAAUUACGAGGAGGAAGGAGGACCACAAUACUACAUUCCUCACCACUGCAUCCUGAAGCCAGAUAGCACCACAACAAAACUGCGGGUCGUCUUUGAUGCGUCUUGUGCAACGACCAGUGGAGUGUCACUCAACAAUGCCCUUAUGGUUGGGCCCACAGUACAAGAUGAUCUGCUAUCCAUUGUCACACGCUUUCGAUGGAAUCAAUACGCGAUAGUGGCCGACGUCGAAAAAAUGUACCGUAUGGUACUAGUACAGCCUAGCGAUCGUAGAUUGCAGAGGAUUUUCUGGCGUGACUCCCCUACCGAUCCCAUCAGAAUCUAUGAGCUGUGUACCGUGACAUACGGCACUGCUUCAGCGCCAUAUUUGGCAACUAAGUGCUUGAGUCGCCUGGCUGAAUUAGAUGGAGAUCGUUAUCCAGCAGCUGCCAAGAUGUUAGUGAAGGAUUUUUAUGUUGAUGACAUGCUCUCUGGCGUUGAUUCAAUCGAGGAAGGCAUUACACUCUGUGCAGACGUCCAAGAACUACUCCGCGGUGGAGGGUUUACUCUGCGAAAAUGGAGCUCAAACUGUCCCGAGAUUCUCGAGCAGAUACCUCCAAAGUAUCGAGAUGAAAGAACUUCUUUCGAGUUAGAUGGUUCAAGUGCAGCAAUCAAGACCUUGGGGCUUGUGUGGGAGCCUCAAUCAGAUUUUUUCAACUUCAAAGCACCUGAGUGGAAUGAGUCUGCCAUAACGAAGUGCGUCGCUGUCUCUGACCUUGCAAGAAUUUUCGAUCCAAGUGGUCUCAUUGGGCCAGUUAUUGUGGCCGGAAAAAUAUUCAUUCAGCAUCUGUGGAUGAUUAAGAUAUCAUGGUACGAAGAGCUAGCUGAAGAUCUACAGCAACAGUGGCGUGAGUAUCGAAGCAGUUUGGAAGGUCUAAAGGAGCUGCAGAUUCCUCGAUGGAUCGGAUUUCGAAAGGAACUCAAGUCGGUUGAACUGCAUGGGUUUUACGACGCCUCCACAAAAGCAUACGGUGCAUGUAUCUACAUACGAUGCGUAGAUUGGGAUGGAGAGAUAACAUCACGUCUGCUGAUAGCAAAAUCCAGGGUGGCGCCUUUGGAAGGUUCAACCAAGAAGAAAAGGAAGCUGCAAACCAUCCCCAGGCUUGAACUGUCAUCUGCCUUGCUGCUAGCCCACGUGUACGAAGCAGUUUCAAAAAGUAUUCCGAGUUCGUUUGAGGCCUAUUUUUGGACGGACUCUAUGAUUGUCCUGUACUGGCUAGCUUCUAUUCCAUCACGGUGGCAGAUGUUUGUAGCGAAUCGAGUGUCCGAAGUGCAGCAUUUGACGAAAAAAGGACAGUGGAGCCACGUCCCUGGCAUAGAUAAUCCAGCCGAUUUGAUAUCACGAGGAGCAACUCCAGAGCAGCUCAAGAACUGUUCCCUCUGGUGGAGCGGGUCUAGCUGGAUGCUAAAAGACAAGUCGAGCUGGCCAACGACGAUCGAGGUCUCCAGAUCGCAAGUAGAAGAAGCGCUGUUAGAGGAGAACGUACAAUCAGAUCAAACUGUUGCUGCGGUAGUCAACAUUGAAGAAUUUAACGCUAUCUUCACUCGGACGUCGUCGUUCCAUACUCUAGUGAAUAUUGUUGCAUGGUGGAUCAGAUUCAAGGAUAACACGCUCCAAGCUGACCGCUCAAAAAGACGUAUUGGACCGCUUACACAUGCUGAUCGAGAAGGGGCCAUUCGCAGACUCACACUUAUCGCUCAACGAGAAUGCUUUGGUCAAGAGAUUGCGGAUCUGAGCAGAAGAGAAGAAGUGAAAACUACAUCCCGCAUCGUUUCAUUGAAUCCACGGCUGGUGGAUGGCAUAAUAGAAAGCAUCCCAUCAUCUUCGAUAAUAAUCAUCCUCUGUCAUUGCUUAUAA